CGGAGGAAAAAUCCGCGAGGUGGUGGAAGAAGAUGGCGGUGUUGGGAUAGAGUUUGCAAUCUUUCUGAAUAGGCUAGCCGAGUAACUUAUUCGGGUCAUGGCGUCAAACUCAACUAAAUCUUUCCUGGCAGAUGCCGGCUAUGGCGAACAGGAGCUGGAUGCUAACUCUGCCCUUAUGGAAUUAGACAAAGGUCUAAGAUCUGGCAAACUUGGUGAACAAUGUGAGGCAGUUGUCCGCUUUCCUAGGCUCUUUCAAAAGUAUCCAUUCCCUAUUCUCAUCAAUUCUGCAUUCCUCAAGUUAGCUGAUGUUUUCAGAGUUGGAAACAAUUUCCUGAGGCUCUGUGUUCUUAAAGUUACUCAACAAAGUGAGAAGCAUUUGGAGAAGAUUCUAAAUGUGGAUGAAUUUGUGAAGAGAAUUUUCUCCGUGAUUCAUAGUAAUGAUCCUGUAGCAAGAGCCAUCACACUCCGGAUGUUGGGGAGUCUGGCAUCAAUAAUUCCUGAGAGGAAAAAUGCUCACCAUAGUAUUCGUCAGAGCCUGGAUUCACAUGAUAAUGUAGAAGUCGAAGCUGCUGUUUUUGCUGCUGCAAACUUUUCUGCACAAUCAAAGGAUUUUGCUGUAGGAAUCUGUAACAAAAUUAGUGAAAUGAUUCAAGGCUUAGCCACACCCGUAGACCUGAAGCUAAAGUUGAUCCCAAUCCUACAGCACAUGCACCAUGAUGCAAUCCUGGCUUCCAGCGCUCGUCAGCUUUUACAGCAGCUAGUCACAGCCUAUCCUUCCACCAAAAUGGUGAUUGUUUCUUUACACACUUUUACUCUGCUUGCAGCUUCAUCUUUGGUGGAUACACCUAAGCAGAUUCAGCUGCUCUUGCAGUAUUUGAAGAAUGACCCCAGGAAAGCAGUAAAGAGACUUGCUAUUCAAGAUCUGAAAUUACUUGCAAAUAAAACACCACAUACUUGGAGUAGGGAAAACAUUCAGGCACUCUGUGAAUGUGCCCUCCAGACUCCUUACGACAGCCUAAAACUGGGAAUGUUGUCUGUCCUCUCCGCACUCUCUGGGACCAUUGCUGUUAAACAUUAUUUCAGCAUAGCUACAGGAAAUGUGGGUUCUUCCCCCAGAUCCUCUGAUUUAGUCAAAUUAGCCCAAGAAUGCUGUUACCAUAACAACAGGGGCAUUGCAGCUCAUGGAGUCAGAGUCCUCACUAAUAUAACUGUCUCUUGUCAAGAAAAAGACCUUUUGGCGCUGGAACAAGACGCAGUUUUUGGCCUGGAAUCCCUUCUGGUACUUUGUAGUCAAGAUGAUAGUCCCGGUGCUCAAGCCACAUUAAAGAUUGCUCUGAAUUGUAUGGUAAAGUUGGCCAAGGGUAGACCCCAUCUCAGCCAGUCUGUGGUUGAGACCCUAUUGACUCAGUUGCACAGUGCUCAGGAUGCCGCCCGGAUCCUGAUGUGCCACUGCCUGGCCGCCAUUGCCAUGCAGCUGCCAGUGCUGGGCGACGGAAUGCUGGGCGACCUCGUGGAGCUCUACAAGGUCAUUGGCCGAUCAUCCACAGACAAGCAACAGGAACUUCUGGUGAGUUUGGCCACUGUGAUUUUUGUCGCCAGUCAGAAAGCACUAUCUGCUGAAGUAAAGGCAGUCAUUAAGCAGCAGCUCGAAAGUGUCUCCAAUGGAUGGACUGUGUACCGAAUUGCCAGACAGGCAUCCAGAAUGGGUAACCAUGACAUGGCCAGAGAGCUCUAUCAGAGUUUGCUGACUCAGGUUGCCUCAGAACAUUUCUACUUCUGGCUGAAUAGUUUGAAGGAGUUCUCACAUGCAGAACAGUGUUUCACUGGGUUGCAAGAAGAGAAUUAUAGUUCAGCACUUUCUUGCAUUGCUGAGUCUUUAAAAUUCUACCACAAAGGGAUUGCAUCCUUAACAGCUGCCAGUACACCGCUGAAUCCUUUAAGUUUUCAGUGUGAAUUUGUAAAACUCAGGAUUGACCUUCUACAAGCCUUCUCUCAACUCAUCUGUACUUGUAACAGCCUCAAGACAAGCCCCCCACCUGCAAUCGCCACAACAAUUGCCAUGACCUUAGGGAAUGACCUUCAGAGGUGUGGUCGCAUCUCUAAUCAGAUGAAGCAGUCCAUGGAAGAAUUUCGAAACCUUGCUUCCCGAUAUGGGGAUCUUUAUCAGGCAUCUUUUGAUGCUGAUUCAGCAACUUUAAGGAAUGUAGAGCUACAGCAGCAGAGCUGUUUACUGAUAUCUCAUGCAAUAGAAGCUCUGAUUUUGGACCCAGAAUCCGCAAGUUUCCAGGAAUAUGGAUCUGUUGGAGCAGCCCAUGCCGACAGUGAAUAUGAGAGAAGAAUGAUGUCUGUAUAUAAUCAUGUCUUGGAGGAGGUGGAAUCACUCAAUCGGAAAUAUACUCCUGUUUCUUACAUGCAUACAGCAUGCCUCUGCAAUGCCAUCAUUGCUUUGCUGAAAGUCCCUCUUUCAUUUCAGAGAUACUUUUUCCAGAAACUGCAAUCUACCAGCAUUAAGCUUGCUCUGUCCCCAUCCCCCCGGAACCCUGCGGAGCCCAUUGCUGUCCAGAACAACCAGCAGCUGGCGCUGAAGGUGGAGGGAGUGGUUCAGCAUGGAUCUAAACCAGGGCUCUUUCGCAAAAUUCAGUCUGUCUGUCUGAAUGUUUCUUCCACGCUACAAAGUAAAUCUGGACAAGACUACAAGAUACCCAUUGACAAUAUGACCAAUGAGAUGGAGCAGAGGGUUGAGCCUCAUAAUGAUUACUUUAGUACUCAAUUUCUGUUGAACUUUGCCAUCCUUGGAACACACAACAUUACAGUGGAAUCUUCAGUGAAAGACGCCAAUGGCAUCGUAUGGAAGACCGGUCCCAGAACUACCAUAUUUGUAAAAUCGCUGGAAGACCCUUACUCCCAGCAAAUUCGCCUGCAGCAGCAGCAAGCCCAGCAACCAUUACAACAGCAGCAACAACGAAAUGCCUACACGCGGUUUUAACCAUGAGACGAAUGCACUACAGACUUUACAGGGAUUGAAUAAAUUGACAAAAAUACUUUGCUUUUUCAUAUGGAUUAAGAUAUGGAAGUUAUAAUGUGGAGUCCAUUUACUCAUUGGUUUUUGUAAUGUAAUAUUCUGAAACAAUGUGGGUUUUUUCCUUAAAAAUUUCAUUUGAGAAAAAC